UCUGAGAGUCCAACUCGCACCUGCAGUUCUCAAAGGAGCUCCUCUCCGGAGUACUGCCGAAACUUCUCUCCCUUCACUUUAGUUAAUACCGUAUCAGGCCACGUCAGAAAGAUGGCUCCAAAAUCCCCAAAAAGUGGCCAGAAGAAGCCGACACCUGGCAAAAAGAAACAGAAACCAGUAUUGCCUGCUACUGAAGAAGAGGAACCAGUAAAUAUGGAAAGCAUGGGUCAUCCAGAAAUUUAUCCUUUAGUGUUGACCACCAAGACUCAGGAAAUAUUCAACUGCCGAGUGGAUCAAGACGUCACAGACAAGGUACCUUAUAAGCUCAUCAAAAAGGAGGACAUUUUUGCGGACUUGCGCAACAGAGCCGCAGUAUCUGACUUCCAUCCGAUCAAAAAAAUUGUUCAGGAAUAUCCUGGAAAUGAAAUCCUGCUUGUUUAUGACAAAGAUUUCAAAUAUGGGCUGAACUUCUACGUUAUUGGAACGGAAGAGGGCAAGGAAAAUUAUUUUAAAGCCCCAGAACUACCAGAAGAACAAGAAGAAUUUAAAGAACUUAUUACCGAAGAAACAUUUACUUAUGUACCACCUGUCUCUAAGCCUUGGGUUUCCUUGGGCAGUGAAAAAGAAAUUGAGGAGGAAUCAGUUAAGAAAUCUACAAAGCAGACGCGCUACAGCCGGCGAGAUGCAUUUCCCCUGCUGACAACCAAGUGUGUGUUCUGGAAGGGUGUCCUGGACGAGCCACUGUGGUUUAUCAAGGUAUCUACUAAUGUCAAAGAGCUGUCAUCCAAAGGAGUGAAGAUCUGGGAUGCCAGCGGGUCCUGGGGUUUCCUGGACAGCCUGGGGUGUUCUAGCAGCCAGGAGGGGCACCUGGGCCCCGUCUAUGGCUUCCCCUGGAGGCAUUUCGGGGCUGACUACAAAGACAUGGACUCAGAUUGCCCGGGUCAAGGAGUAGGCCAGCUGCAGAACAUGAUCAACGCUGUCAAAACCAACCCUGAUGAUAGAAGGAUCAUCAUGUACUCCUGGAACCCGAAAGAUCUCCCUCUGGUGGCGCUGCCUCCCUGCCACACCCAGCUCUGUAGUGUUGAAAUAGCCCUGCAACAGAAUGAAAUUAUGAACCUCUUUAUUGAUGACUGGAAGUCCUUGGCUGAAGAAGAAGGCACCUUCGGGGACAAAACCAAUACCCACCUGAAAGAGUACCAGUCCUUUACCGACCUGCACAGCCAAACAGAGAAAAUGAUUACCUGCGUCUCGUGGCACCCAACUAUCUACGGUGAGAGGGACACGACAUGGUUUCCCUUUGCCGCUGACUCUGAAAUAUUAAUGCUGGAGAGCCCAGACGAUAUCUUCUGCUUCAAGUUUUGUCCGAGUGACCCUAACAUCAUUGCCGGAGGCUGCAUAAAUGGGCAGGUCGUGCUGUGGGAUAUCACCGCGCACGCGGACCGCCUAGAAAGCACCAAAGCCGGUGGAGGCGGGAGCAAAAAAGCUGUUCUCAAGCCUAUGUUCCUCCUCGAACCAGACAGUAACAAAGAAGCGAUGUACAUCAGACACUGUGCUGUCUCUUCAAUAGAAAGUGGUCAUAAAAGUGUCAUCACAGACAUACACUGGCUGGCCAACACAUUCGAGAAAAAAGAUCUAUGUAAACUUCCUUUCAGCACAAUAUGUUUCUGGGAUAUUAGACCACAGAAAACUCUAACGCCCGCACCGACAGAGAAAAAGAAAGAAGAAAGUAUUGAAAUUCCUUUCGACAUACCAUCUACAUUUCUGCACCUGGAUCUCUCCUGGAAACCUCUCACUAGGAUAAAGCUGUCUAAGGGCGAAACAACUUUAGACCACUGCCCAACCAAGAUAAGCCUGAGUGAAGACCAGCUUCUGUCCAAAACAUCAGCAAAGAAACCAAUGAGCCUCUUUUCCAUCCACGAUGGUGCUGUUCACACCAUUCAGCGAUCACCUUUCUACAAUGACAUCAUCCUCACCGUUGGAGGAUGGAAUGUGGCCAUCUGGAAAGAAGGUGUUAUGUCAGGACCCCUCCUGCAGACAUGCUGUGCUGCAAAAAGGUACACCGCAGGCCACUGGUCCCUGACAAGGCCUGGCGUUUUCUAUAUUGGCCGAGAAGAUGGAUAUGUUGAUAUCUGGGACCUUCUGGAAAAAACCCAUGAACCAGCCCAGUCACAAAAUAUUUGUAUAACUAUGAUCACCUACAUCAAACCAUGGACCUUUUCUGCCAAGCAGCAGUUUAUAGCCAUAGCUGAUUAUUAUGGGACACUGCAUAUAUUAGAAAUUCCUUGGACAUUAAGUCACCCUUCCACCAAUGAGGUAUCAAGUGUUAACUACUACUUUGAAAGAGAAGUCAAGCAUCUGGAAUAUGUAGAACAGCGCAAAAGCAUUCGCGAACAAGAAAAGAAAAAAAUAGAGUUAGAAACUGAAAAGAAAAAACAUAAAACAUACCAGAAGUCAAAGGAACAGAUUGAAGCGGAAUUAAAACUGGAUUAUGAGAGUUAUUUGGAACUGGAAAAGAACAUCCUCAUCAAUCUUGGCCUAAUGAAAGCCCCAGAGAUAACAUCACACAUGGAAAUGAUGUAGAAACGCUCUCUGAAGGGUGUUGGGAGAACUCAGUGGGAUCUCUCACUCGCUCUCUCUCUCUCUCGCUCUCUCUCUCUCGCUCACUCUCUCAAUUCAUUAUCAGCUUAAACUAGCAAACUGAACAUGUAUAGGUUAAACAUAGGCUUAUAUUUCACUGCUAUUAAAAUAUUUGAAUUCUAGCAAUAAGAUCUAGUUCAGAUUUUGUACUGAGUAGCAUGGAAUUUUGUUUUCGGUAAGAAAAUGUUCAUUUUGCGACCAUAAGAUACACCUUCAGACAUCCCCUCCGCCCUACUCCCUGCCACUUGUGCAGCAACCCUAAUCCCUUCCAGAAGUGGAAAUCAAAUUUUGCUCCUAUCAAGUAGUUUUUGAUCAUCUCCCCAUAGGAUGCUUCAUGUAUACAACUGCACAAAUAGGGUCAUAGGCUAAACAAAAUAUUAGCAAAUUGAAUCUAAAAAUACACAUAUUUUUAAAAGAAUAAUAC